AUACACACAAACACGGCGGCCACUCGCCAACCGACACUCUUUCCGACACCGACACUGUGCUACACGACGCGUCCGUUCGCCAAAUUUUAUUCGUGGCGCAUCACUGAGAGAAUCAACAUUUAUGAAGAGUAUUAGCAAUUUGUACUACCAGAUGCACGGAUACGACUGCACGUAGAGUUUACAAGCAAGUCGGCUUCGAUAAAUCAGAACCAUGCAAGUGCGGAGGACUCCGGCGGCGCUGCACGUGUUGGCGGUACUGGCGUGUGCGCUGCUCUGCCGCGGCAAGAUACUGCGCAACAACGCGCUCAUGAACAAGAUGAUGUCUCAGUUCCAGCGUGACAAUAGCAACAACCUGUCACUGGAGCCGGCGGUGGUGCACGCGAACCAGGCGGGACAGGCCACGCCGGCUGAUGGCGCGCGUCUGCUGGCGAUCAUGCAGUCCGUGCUCUGCAGGAACUUCCCCAGCAUCCCCUGCCGGCUUAUCAUGCAGGACCGCACGCUCAGUCACCUCAUAGAGAAGUCCAUUCAACAGAUCAACUACAAGAAGCUGUCGCUCGAGAGGACGACGCAGCCCGUCAACCGCAGGACCGAGUACCCGCUCAUCAACAGCGAGGAUCUGUCGAAUUUUCUCCAGGUCCAGAACACUGGCUACUUCGAUAACGGCGUGACGAAACGCAAAAAACAGAAGCUCAAGACGGAGCGUGUAAACUGGUCGAAGGAGAAGAGAAAGAAAUCGAGCAAACAGAACAAGCGCACCUCGAUGUUCGGGCGCAAGAAACUGCGCAAGUUCUACCCGCACAAGGUGAAGUACAAGGACAAGACGUACAGCGCUCAGCCCGAAUUCCGCGGAGAGUACUCGGGCGAGCGCGGGGAGCGCGGGGAGCGGGGGGAGCGGGGAGCGCGCGGGGAGAGAGGCUCGCUGUCGGUGGAGCUGCCAGUGGGCGCGCUGGCGCCAGUGCAGCAGCACUACGCGUACAAGCGCGAGCCCGCAGCGCCGGCCGUCUGGCGCAUCGACUACGCCAAGCACGGCGGCCCCAGCCUCAACCUGCUCGGCUCGCUCACAAAGUCGCAGGGCGGCGGAGAGGAGCAGGGGCGUAAGGACGUGCUGCACCCCGACGUCUACAUCAAGAAGAACUUCAUCAGAAAGAACUCCGAGCUGGUGGACUGAGGCCAGCAACAUAACUUAGACUACACGAGCCCCUAUUGUGUAC